AUGACUAUUCGAAAAGCACCAAUCACGGCCAUGGCAUCCCAUCCAGCAACAACCGGUUCUUGCGCACCUGACGCUGACAUGGACAUGACUCGUUCAGCCAACAAGAAGAUUCCCGAUAUUUUGGUCAAGCCUUGGAAACUGCCACCUCAGAAAACGUAUAUCUUCCAAAACGCCAAUGUUGUCGACUCUGCCAGCGGCUCUGUACACCAAAAGCAGACAAUCAAGCUCGCUCAAGUCCGAGACACGGGCGGUGCGACUCUGGCGCUCAAGGAGGCCAUCGAGGACGAUGUGUUUCCCGGCCCCAGACUCUUCAUUUCGAACAAGGCUCUGUCACAGACCGGAGGCCACGGCGACAUGCGAGGAGUUCACGACAAACAGAAAUGCUGCGGGGGGGAUAGCGCGCUGACAACAGUCGUUGAUGGCGUGCCUGGUUGUAUUCAGGCAACGAGGGAGCAACUUCGCACCGGCGCCGACUUUAUCAAGAUUAUGGCAGGAGGUGGUGUUGCAUCGCCAACAGACAAGUUGGAGAAUACCCAAUUCACGGCAGCUGAGAUCCAGGCCAUUGCCGAGGUCGCCGACACCUACGGCACAUAUGUCACUGCUCACGCAUACACGCCCAAGGCGAUCCGCCACGCCGUGGACAAUGGAGCCCGUUAUAUGGCCAGGAAGGGCAUCCGGCUGACACCAACGAUCGUAACCUACGACGCCAUGGGGUCAGACAAGUACGCCGACUUCCUGCCUCCCGCGAACCGCGCCAAGAACGAGAUGGUCCUCAGCAAGGGCCUCGAGUCCCUGCGCAUCGCUGAAGAAGCGGGCGUCACCAUCUGCCACGGCUCAGACCUCCUUGGUCCGCUGCACGAGGAGCAGAGUAGGGAGUUUGGCAUCCGAGCGCAGGCUUUGAGCAGCAAGACGGUCUUGCAGGGUGCCACGGUCAACGCAGCGAAGCUUUUGCGGCAGGACAAGUUCCUGGGCCAGAUCAGAAAAGGGUUUGCGGCUGAUUUGCUCAUUUUGAACGGCAAUCCGCUCGACAAUGUGGCUAUUUUGGAUGAACCCGAGAAGACGGUUUUGGCAGUCAUCAAGAAUGGACGGGUGUAUGCCAGUCGAUGGGGCCAGUUGCCUCGGGAUAUUGCCUCAACCCAGAAUUUGAUUGAGUAA